UGUACUACAAUGUUCACAAUAAAACGAACACACCCUUUUAAACAUGUAACGGAUGGAGGUCAUUUACUAAUUCAAACGCAAUUAUAGUGUAUUGGUCAAUCCUUGUUGUUCCUCGUGAAAUACUAACGGCUAAAAGUUCGUUGACAGGAAAAAUUGUCAAUAACAAAAUUAAAAUGAGUGCGUCGCGCGGGGUCCCGUUUCGUAUCUGCGCAAGUCAGUUUUUAAGACAUGCGCAGAACGCAUUGCUACAAACCGAAGUUAAACCAUUAGCUUGUAAUAUCGUGAAAUAAAUUCCCAAUAUUUCUCCGUGUAAUGCAAAUCCUGUGUUAAUUGUAAAUGUUUGAUUUCGCAGUGUAAAAUGCAUAGAUGAUCAAUGUGCAUCGUUUAGUGGCUGAGUGGUUAUAGUUGUGAGUGUUCUUUGUACGACAACCAUGGACCAGGAGCAACCACACCAGGAGUUGGUCAAGUGCGUGGUGGUGGGGGACACGGCGGUGGGCAAGACGCGGCUGAUAUGCGCACGCGCCUGCAACAAGCACGUGUCGCUCGCGCAACUGAUGACCACCCACGUGCCUACCGUCUGGGCGAUUGAUCAGUACAGGAUUUAUAAAGACGUAUUAGAGAGGUCCUGGGAGGUCGUCGACGGGGUCAACGUAUCGCUGCGCCUCUGGGACACAUUCGGUGAUCAUGAGAAGGACAGAAGAUUUGCUUACGGAAGAUCGGAUGUGGUGCUCUUAUGUUUUUCGAUAACAAACCCCAUCUCUUUAAGGAAUUGUGGAGCGAUGUGGUAUCCGGAGAUCAGACGGUUCUGCCCAAACACCCCUAUAUUGCUGGUUGGUUGUAAAAACGACCUGCGUUACAUGUACCGGGACGAAACCUACCUCAACUACUGCAAGGACCGGAGCCCUUUUAUCAGGGCACCUCGUAAAAGCGACCUGGUGAUGCCCGAUCAAGGGCGCGCAUUGGCCCACGAAUUCGGUAUCUACUACUAUGAAACAUCAGUGUUCACAUACUACGGUGUCAAUGAAGUAUUUGAGAAUGCCAUCAGAGCCGCCUUGAUAGCCAGGAGGCAGCAGCGGUUCUGGAUGACCAACCUGAAGCGAGUGCAGAGGCCGCUCUUGCAGGCUCCAUUCAGACCUCCGAGACCUAUGGAACCGGAAGUAACCGUGGUGAACAGUGUUUACUUAGAAAAUAUGUCAACUCUGUUACGUCAACAGUAUUUCUCAGACAUGGUGAUCAUUUGCGGAGCGAAGGGCUUCCCUGUGCACCGGUUCAUGAUGGCGGCGGCUUGCGAGGCGUUCCACCGCCUCUUUACCACAGACUCCUCCAGCCUUGCUACUGAGCUUGCUCGUAGUUCCAGUGAAAGCAGCAUGGUAAGCAGCAUGGGCGAAGCGACAACUGGUGAUUUCAACGAGGACACGGAAUACCUGAUCAGGCAAGAUCAAGCUAAACAGAUGAGGGUGUGGGACCAAAUAAAGCGGCGGUCGUCAUGUCAGAUUCUGCCUCUAAGUGACAGCUGUAAAAAGCCUCCAGACCUCUACCGAGAGGUCACUCACCCUGCUAUCAACUCUAUACGCGUCGUGAAAUGCGAACGUGUGCAACAUGGCCGUUCGUCUACACAAACUAUCGUCACCAUGAGCAAACUGAUCUCCCAACAAGUGAUGCAUGAAGUCAUCAGCUUUGUCUACACCGGGUCUCUGGACCCUAACAAUUUCAAACAACAGGAGAUCCGCCAAGCAGCCGAGCUGCUAGGCUUCCCCGAGCUGAUGAAGCUGAGUCAGUUCAUCCUCGACCAGCACCUACUCUUCGACAAAGGAUAUAUGCAGCAGUUUCAUACGCCACUACCCCAAAGACUUCGGGAGAUGUUCGUGGAUCAGAACUUGUUCGCCGACGUGACCUUCGACCUGGACGACGGGAUCCACUUGGCUCACCGAGCGAUACUCAUGGCCCGGUGUGACCCUAUGAAGGCGAUGUUUCAAGGACACUUCCGGGAAAGCAUUUCUAGAGUUAUCUCGUUCCCCGGAGUGAAGAUGUAUGCAUUCCACAUUCUGCUAUGCUACAUGUACUCGGACAAGAUCCCGGGCGUGGAGCCGCGCCGGUGUCUGGAGCUCCUGGAGUUGGCCAACAGACUGUGCAUGACCAGGCUCGUGAGCCUCGUCGAGGCAAGGGUCAUUGAUCAUCUGCAGCACCAAGACCGAGUCUGUGGUGAAGAGGACCAAGUCGUUGAAAUAGCGCUGUCGUUGCUUGAACCUGUUAAGUUGCACAACGCGCACGCGCUAGCGGACUGGUGCAUGUGGCGGCUGUGCGGCGCGUACGACCGCGUGUGUCGCGCCAAGCACCUCAGCCCCGCCUCGCGCGACUACUUGUCGGACAACCGCUGGCCGCCCGUCUGGUACUUGAAAGAGUACGACUACUACCAGAAGUGCCUGUCAGAGCAGAGCAAGGAGCUGAAGGAACUGCGGCCGGGAGCGUCCUUGCAGGCUGGCCAGCAGACUGGCUGCCUCUGCUUCACUAGUAAAGUCCGUCGCGGCAGCGGCGGUGGCGGCGAGCACCGCGCCGGCGAGGCCGCGGCGCUGUGCCGGCCUCCCGAUCAGCCGCACCACCCGCCGCUCUGACACCUGCCUUACUGGAGGUCUCUCCGUUUCGCGGUGCUCCUACCAGUGUCGAUGUGUUUCAUGAGCACCAUUCUGACUAUACUGAUACUUUUCCACGUUUACACCUAAUCUGUAAAGUCGGAUAAUAAUAUAACUAUUGAUAUAUUUACUAAUUAACUAUCAUAGUCGCUCGCACUCUCGAAUUACUCGUAAAUACACUUGACUGCUACGUUUAGAUUCGUCAGUAUUAAUUAACUUUUUUUAUAUAAGUUCGUGGUAAAAUCUGAUAAAAUUACAAAAUAAAUUUUUCAUCAAAAAGCUGUAUUGAAUCGGGUCACAUGUCAUAAAAGACGAAUAUUACAAGUUGUGUUUUAUGACUGUUUUAUGACUUGAGCCCUUAUCAUAAUA